AGUCGCUGUACGUCCUCUGACUAAAGAGGCGUUGCUCUAGUUGCUCUCCGCUCACUGUGCGACUUCGCCGAGAGAAAUUUCCGCUUCCUGCACCGAGUAGCACCACCGACCAGCUCACACACAGCGAGCUGACGCCAAGUUACGCAGGACCGACACGGGGAUUAGCUGUCUGCUUUUUUUUGGGGGGGGGGGUUCAAAAAUCCCGACCACGGCAAUGUUUUCACUAUCCGCCGGUGAUUAGCACAAACGGGUCAACUUUCCAUUGGCACUGCACGCGGGAAACAUUGACGCGUUUGCAGCAUUUGGAGCCUGAAACAAACAAAAAAAAGGAAAAAGGUAAAAGAAAGAGAAGAAGCUACCGCACCGAGAGGGUCGACAUCCUCACGUUGAAGGCAGUCUGCUACGGGUAGCCUCCUCAUUAUUAUCGCCGUCUGAAAGCCCUUCUUUCAAGCCUCCAGGAUGUCGGAGCGAGGAGGGCUCCCGCGGACUGGGGGCGUCCCUUCGCCGCACAUGCAGCCCUCCAAGCCGGUCAGCAUCACCUCCAACCGACCGGUCCACAUGAACCUGUACGCCACCUGGGAGGUUGACCGCUCCUCACCCAGCUGCGUGCCGAGGCUCUUCAACCUGACCCUGAAGAAACUGAUAAUGCUGAAGGAGCUGGACAAAGACCUCACCUCCGUGGUGAUUGCUGUCAAACUGCAGGGCUCCAAGCGGAUCCUUCGCUCCAAUGAAAUCCUGCUGUCCUCAGCAGGACUGACAGAGACCGACCUACAGCUUACCUUCUCCCUGCAGUACCCACACUUUUUGAAGCGGGAUGCCAACAAGCUUCAGAUCAUGCUGCAGCGGCGGAAGCGAUACAAGAACCGGACCAUCCUGGGCUACAAGACUCUGGCUCUGGGGCUCAUCAACAUGGCCGAGGUGAUGCAGCACCCCAGUGAGGGCGCCCAAAUCCUGGGCCUCCACAGCCAGCUGAAAGAUGCCUCUGUACCAGUUGCAGAGGUCAGAGUCUACUCCCUCUCCAGCCAGCCCAUUGAUCAUGAGGGACCCAAAGCAAAGAUGUCUGAUCGCUCUCCAGACAUCGACAACUACUCUGAGGAAGAGGAAGAGAGCUAUUCAUCAGAACAGGAAGGCAGCGAUGAUCCUAUUCAUGGACAGUAUCUAUACGACGAAGAUGAAGAGGUGAGGAAGAAGAAGCCAAGGCGUAAGCUCCCAUCCAAUGCUGCCAUUACCAGACAACCCAACAUCAAGCAGAAGUUUGUCGCCUUGCUGAAAAGGUUUAAAGUCACAGAUGAGGUUGGUUUUGGUCUUGAGCAUGUAUCGAGGGAGCAGAUCCAGGAGGUGGAGGAGGACCUGGAUGAGCUGUACGACAGUCUGGAGAUGUACAACCCCAGUGACAGCGGGCCCGAGAUGGAGGAGACAGACAGCAUCCUCAGCACACCCAAACCCACACUGAGGCCAUUCUUUGAGGGAAUGUCUCAGUCCAGCUCGCAGACAGAGAUCGGCAGUCUAAACAGCAAAGGCAGUUUGGGUCGAGACACUUUCAGUCCGCAGGGGGAGCAGCCUCCUCUAGAGAAGAUGAAGCCUUCCCGCAGCCGCAACCUGGACGACAUCCCAUCCGAGACUGACACACUGGAACUAACAGAUCAGGAGCUGUUUAAUGAGGUGGGCCCCUGCAUCCUAGUGUCAGUGGCGGAGAAACCCCGUACACCCCUAAAGAGCAGCAAAAAUGAAAUCCAGCCCAUGUCGUCACCGAGGCUAGACGGAGGCCACACGCCCAGGCAAAAACGUAGCAGCACUCCCAUGAAGGAGCGACAGCUGUCCAAACCCCUCAGUGAACGUACCAACAGCUCAGACUCUGAGAGAUCUCCAGAGCUGGGACACAGUACCCCGGUCCUGAGGAAAGCCGUGUACGAUCAGCUGAACCAGAUUCUGUUGUCGGACUCUCCGCUCCCAGAGAGCCUCAUCUUGGUCAACAGCACUGACUGGCAGGGGCAGUAUGUUGCAGAGCAGCUUCAAGGACAGAGACACCCGGUGGUCUGCACAUGCUCAGCAGCUGAAAUCCAGGCGGUGCUGUCUGCUGUCCUCACACGUAUACAGAAAUUCUGUAACUGUAACUCGUCCAUGCCCAGAGCGGUGAAGGUGGCGGUGGUGGGCAGCCAGAGUUACCUGGGUGCCAUCCUGCAGUUCUUCGUCACUCAGCUGGCCAAUAAGACGUCCGACUGGCUAAACCACAUGCGCUUCCUGGUGGUGCCUCUGGGCUCACAUCCCGUUGCUAAGCACCUUGGUGCCCUUGACAACCGCUAUAGCUCCUCUUUUCUGGAUGGGACUUGGAGAGACAUGUUCAGCCGCUCUGAGCCUCCUCAAACAGAUCAGUUGGAUGUAGCAGGAAGAAUAAGCCAAUACAUAAGUGGAGCCACAGUGACACAUCAGCUGCCCAUCGCUGAGGCCAUGCUCACUUGCAAACACAGGACGAGAGAUGAGGACUCCUACCAGAAGUUUAUUCCUUUUAUUGGGGUUGUCAAGGUGGGUCUUAUUGAAUCGGGCAGCUCUCCAACAGGAGAUCAAGAAGAGGGUGUGGCAGUGAGCUUGGCCGUCCCCUCCACGUCUCCCCCAUCCCAUGGCUCCCCUACAGGGAUAAUUAAAGAGGCAGCCACACCCCCGUCCUCUCCCUCCAUGGGUAGUGUCCUAACAGCGCAAGGGAGUCCCAGCAUGUCUCAUGGCGUGGACGCCAUCGGCCUGCAGGUGGAUUACUGGCUGGCAUCUUUGGCGGAGAAGCGGCGGGAGGGCGAGCGUCGUGACACGGGCUGCAAGAACACUCUGAAAAGCGCCUUCCGCUCGCUGCAGGUCAGCAGGCUACCAGGAGGGGGCAACAUUGAUCCACAGACCCAGGUCAGCACCAUGGCCAUGACUGUGGUCACCAAAGAGAAGAACAAGAAAGUCCCCACCAUCUUCCUGGGAAAGAAGCCCAAAGAGAAGGAUGUGGACUCUAAGAGCCAGGUCAUCGAAGGCAUCAGCCGACUCAUCUGCUCUGCCAAGCAGCAACAGACCAUCCUGAAAGUGUCCAUAGAUGGCGUCGAGUGGAACGACGUUAAGUUCUUUCAGCUGGCCGCGCAGUGGCCCACUCAUGUCAAAUACCUACCCGUUGGACUUUUCGGCUACAGCAAGCCCCCCUCGUAGGGCUGAGCUCCAUUCAACUCCUCUGACCCCUGACUUGACCUUCCUCUCUCCUCAGUCCUGUCUCACCUUUGUACACAGCACCUGCAGAGCUGCGAGAGGACACCAAGCUCACAGCCGGACAUUUCCUUUAUUUAAAUCCGCUACAACCACAGUCGUCUUAUUACAGUUGAGGGAGGAGGAAGAGGAAGGUGGGGUCGGGGCAGCACUGUUACUAGUCACUUUAUUGCCCCUUUUUGUGUGUUGGUGUAUGCAGUGAGUGUGCAUGCACACGUGAAUGUACAGUAUGUGCGUAAGUGAGUGUGUUUAUAAGGGGAUCACAGCACAAGUUUAUUAGCUUACUGCCAUUUAUGUUUCUGUUCUAAGGAAUGCAAAAGCAUGUAACAACUAACCAGUUUCAAGCCCUUAAAAGUCCACAAGAGACCCAAUCCACAAGUGCAUGCUCCAAACUAACACACACUACUGAUGUGCCAGAAACGGUAACUCAAAAUAAAAAGCAACGCGGCAGGGCUUCAGUUUGCAUGAGCAAAUGCAAACACAGUCUGUUGUCCUCACAAAGUGCAGUAAAACUAAAGGCUGGCAUGGAAGAAAUAGUUAAAUUAAGUUAAAGGGCUUCCAUGUCACAGUUUUAUAUAUUUUCUCUGUAUUAGAAUGAGUCAUUGGGAUUUUUAAUGCCAAAAAAAAAAGAAAAGAAAAAUUACACAUAAGGGUAAAAUGCCUUUGUUUAAAGAAUUGUGUUCUAGUAAAAAAAAAAAAAAAAAACACAGUUAAACCUUCCCCUUCAAGAUGUUUUGUGAUGCAUAGUGCGAGUGUGUGUUAUUGCAAUGAGAUCAGAUUUUAGGGUGAGAGGGGGGCUACUUUAAUAGGUAGUUUGUUUUUUUUUUAUCUUAAUUUGCUAUGCACUUUUGAACACUUGGACCAUUUAGGUGACAGCAUCUGGUAAAAUAUAGAAUAACCCUCUACGCAACAACUUCAUAGACAACAGGACACAACAAACAACGUACAUGUUUAAACAGUCCAAAACUUAACUAAACUCAUGGGGACAGGAUGGAAAAAGUGCUUUUUUUUGUCUCUUCUUGAGUAUCUUCCCUUUGAGAAUUUCCCAUAAUGAAGCACAAUGCUAUCGCCAGCUUCAUUGGCAGCAAACUGGCAGCUUUCUUUUCGAUCAAAAUGUAACGUCUAUGAGCAUUCCUACUUUCCCUAAGACUUCUUAAUGAACAUUUAUGAGGAAAAAAAAGACAAAAAAAAACAAGUAUUUGGGUUUGUUUUGUUAUUUCGGUGCUGGUCUGCCACAUGCUUUCUCUAGGCUGUUGUCAGGUGAUUAGUGAGUGUACAAUAACCGGUAACAACAGUCUGUGUGUAUGUGAUGAAAUAAAUGUAAUGUAGUCACUUUAAAAAGAAAAUCUUUAAAUUAAGAAAUUUUAUAUCCUGUGACGGGGAGGGGGGGGGGCAUGCAUUUGAUGUGUGGGUGUGUAUUGGCACUGUGUGUUGAUGUGGUCAUUAUCGAUAUCACUUAUUAUCAGAUGUAGGCUGCAGAAGCUGCAGUGGUCAUCCUCUUCACUUUGUAGCCUGACACAAGGCAAAUGCUCAUUUUGUUUUUCUGUUUUGAAACAGGGAAAAAAAAUUCCCUUUUAAAUUCUAAAAGACUAAACAUGUAUGCAAAUUUAAGAAUGUAUUAGCAUUAUCAGUUUGUGUUAAAUGUUUAAAAAAAAAAAGGCAUUUCUUUUUUAUGAAAAGCCUAUGUCACUCUGCCUUGUGUCACCUGCAUCAUAAGACUCUCCAUCACCACCGAAGUAUUACAAAAAUAGCUUUUUAAAAUAGUGUUAAAGCCAGUGUCUUAUUUUAAAGUAGUCUCUGUUAGUUUGAGAAUAGAUAUGGGACUUUGUUCCUGUGUUGAUGUUACAGUGUUACGGUUGUGAUGUCAACAGCACGUCUCAUCUUUCUGUUGGACAACCUGUCGCACAAGGUUUCACACUCAAGACUCUUGGAGCGCUCUCGUAUGUUCGCUCUCUGUUCGUCGGUCACCACUGGGCAAACACCCAGUUGGACCCUGAUUGUCCCCGCCCCCCCCCCUCCCCUUUUUUAAAGAAUUUCCCAAAAAAUCUGAAUGUACCUAAUUUAGUUUACAUGUGCAUCUUUGUGAACAACUUGUGAGUUUACUGAGUCGUAGAACAUGAUUUCUGGAACCUUUGGGAUUAGUUGGGACAGCUGGUGGACUUUUUGGUUGCAGCUGUCAGAAAAACCUGUAGUUUUUUUUUUGUUUCUUUUUCAUUCGCUGAGAAGCAGUAAAGGGCUUGACAGACAGAUGGACUGACAGCUUCCUCUCAGAGGCUGGGUUCUAGUUAUUCCUGAAAUUUCUGUGAACGCUGAUCUGUAGUUUGACAUAGACGUUACUUGAACUGAACUUAAGCUGAAGGUUUCGUUCCAAAUGUUUGUAAGAAAAGACACAUGACACAAAAGUUAUUUUUGUUUCCAGAAAGAACUACACUUCGAAACAUUUGCAAUUUAAACAACUCAUGCUGAUUAGCAUAAAUUAGCGUUAGCUCGAUUUAGUAUUUAUUGGCUACGUUGCUCUAAUGGAAGCUUUAUUUUUAGUAAAGCAUGUUUGUUUUCUGCAUAAAUAUUGAAGAUUUCCUUCUCAAUGUUUUUAUAUAAACAUUGUUUAAUCUUAAGAAGGCUAAAUGCAGCAAUUAUCCACCCAAAUGUGCUCCUUUUAGCCCUUCAGUGCACAUUAGUGGCUUUGAGCUCAAUCUUUUGGUCACUUUUUGAUGGUGAGUUGACUCAGCUGCUAAAGAGCCAGAUAUUUAUUCACCCAAGGAGUUACUGGAAACCAAAACAGUGAAAAAGAAACACUUCAGAUAUGCUGCUAUUAAGUCACUAAAUAUUUGGCGGAUUUAUAAAUAAGCAGCAGUUUGCUGACCAGUUAGCCACGAUUAAUUAAAAUGUUCCAAAUUGUUUACAUUGCGGAACGAAACCUUCAGAUUUUUAUCACUUAUAAGUGAACCUGAUGUGAGAAACGACUUUUAUUUACCCGAGAAGCUCUGCCUUGUGGUGCUGUUAGAUUAUUCCAAUGUUGGGAUUUGUCUGUCAUCUAUCAAGUCCUCUUCUUCUUGUCCUUCUCAGACGGUGGGUGAGAGGUCCUUCCUCAGUGAUAAAAAAUUGGAAAUAUUCCUUUAAAACGUGUGGUAACUACCAAAACCAAAAUUUUAAAGAUUUGUGAUUAUAUGCAAAUGUUUGUUGUUUUUUGGGGGGGUCAUGAUAACUGAAAACAAGUGAUCCUUGUUCUAACUUCAUUUCAGUAUAACACAUUUUCUGCUGUUUCCUACAGCAGACUGAUUGUUCUGUGUGUCUUCAGCUUGUUGCUGCGUGUUUUGAACCUGUACCUCCACCUGUGUCGACCUGUGUUUGUGACAAUGGUUCCUCUGUCUGUGGUUAGAGUUUAGAAGCUGUUGGGUCCAUCAGUGAUCUCUGUCAGUGAUCAGCAGUGUCUUUUCUCUCUGCCAUCCUCACUAAUAUCUCCCUUUCUGUUGAGUGAUUCUUCUACACAAGCUCACCUUUCUGAAAACAAAUUCUCCACCCGUUCCUCCACAGCUUGUAAAUCAGCCAUCUGUCCUCAGAGGAGUGAGGUUUGCUUGUUAAAGCAAUAGAUUUCUGCCUGACAGAGUUCUGCUGGAAGCAGAACGUCCUGAGCUUGUGGACUUGUGAAGAGUAUUUUGCACAUGCCAUUUUUUUUCUUUUCUUUAGCAGCAGUUUUUCUUUUUUGCCUUCUGCCUAUAACAGUUAUAAUAAACUAUGAUGCUUGUACAUAUCAGAUAGUACUUGUUAUAUUGUAUUCUAGUUCUUUUCUUGGUUUUGUUUUCUUAAUUUGACGUUUUGUAGUACUGCUUUUUCAUGAUUGCGUUCGUCAAUGGAACAGAUGUUAGGUGAACAGUGGACGUGUUCAUUGUUUCAUUUGUUUAUUUUUAAAUAAAAACAAAUUCCUGGUUUGUAA